AUGCACCUCUCAGUCACAGCAGAUACGACCGAGACAACUCUGUUCUACACCUCAACCCGCCGUCUCAUUAUCCGCACUGUCUACGGAUUACCGCCUCCCACACAAACUUGGCAGCGCCCUGCCUCCUCUUCCUCUCCUGACCGACCCCUGGCCCUCCGUCCCACCCAACGCCUCACCUGCGUCCGCCUGCGCCUUUCCCUCACCCACAGUCAUUGCGUCGACCGUGCCAAUCCGCGCACAUCCCCCUCUCUCGAGUCGUUUGCUUUCCGCGCUCCAGCCUGCGCGCCCCGCCCCUCAGCGCUCCUCGCUGUCGACCACCAGGCUCGGCUGCCAUAA